AUGACAGGAUCUCAGACUAUCAUACAUAGAUCUCGAUUUGUGGACUUCACUCCUGGUAAUAUAACAUCUAUUGCCUUUUCUCAUAGAUCUAACCUGGAGAAACUAACCCCUUCAGAUUUGCGUGUUGCUAUCGGUAGAUCUAACGGUGAUAUCGAGAUAUGGAACCCAAGAAACAACUGGUUCCAAGAAGUUACCAUUCCAGGUGGUAAAGGUCGUUCUGUAGAGGGCCUCUGCUGGUGUAAUAUUAGCGGUGAGCCACUGAGAUUGUUCUCUAUCGGUGGGUCUACUGUAAUUACCGAAUGGAAUUUGGCUACCGGAGAAGUUUUGAAGAAUUAUGAUUGUAACGCAGGUGUUAUAUGGUCAUUAGCAAUUAAUGAUAAUAUGGAUAAGUUGGCUGUAGGGUGUGAUAAUGGUACUGUUGUGAUUAUUGACAUUUCAGGCGGUCCAGGUGCGUUGGAACACGACACAAUCCUUGUAAGACAAGAAUCAAGAAUAUUGACAUUGACAUGGAACAAGAACGAUUACGUUAUUGGUGGUUGUUCUGAUGGAAGAAUCAGAGUAUGGAAUUGUAUCCCUAAUAGCGAGAGUAGAGGUAGAUUAUUACACACCAUGAAGGUCGAUAAAGCCAAAAAUGAAUCUACUUUAGUAUGGAGUAUUUUGUAUUUACCAGCCACUAACCAAAUUGUUUCCGGUGAUUCUACUGGGUCUGUAAAAUUCUGGGACUUCCAAUAUGCUACCUUAUCUAGUUCAUUUAAACCUCAUAAUGCAGAUGUUCUAUGUUUGGCUACUGACGUUACCAAUACACAUGUAUUCACUGCAGGUGUCGAUAGAAAAAUUUUCCAAUUUACAAGAAAUAUAUCUAAUAACCAAAAGGGUAACGAUAAUAAGAAAUGGGUUAAUAGUUCUAAUAGAUUAUUGCAUGGUAACGAUGUAAGAGCUCUCGCCGGUUACCAAUCUAAAGGUGCAGAUUUCUUGGUGUCUGGUGGUGUCGAGAAGACAAUUGUUGUUAGCUCUAUGUCAUCAUAUGCCGAAGGUAAUUACAGAAAGAUGCCACUGAUUGAACCAUUCACCAAAAAUGUCUUGAUUAAUAAAGAACAAAGACUUGUAAUAAUGUGGCAUGAAACUACUAUCAAGAUUUGGGUUAUUGGUGAUGACUUAGAUUUUGACAAGAAUUAUAAAUUAGUUUGCAAAUUAGUGUUAAAGGACGAUCAAAAUAUUUCCAAUUGUGCAUUAUCACCAGAUGGACAAGUAUUGGUUGUUAGCAGAAACUACACUACCAAACUAUUCCAUCUACAACCUGAAGAUGGUAAAUUAAAAGUUACAAAAUUAGAUAAUGACCUGUUACUAAAGACAGGUACAAGAGUUGCAAAAUUCAUUGAUAAUUCUAAGAUUAUUUUUUGUACUGCCGAUGAUGAAUUAGUAUCCUUGGAUUUAGAAAGUGACAAUGAUGAAAAAUUUGAAUAUAUUGAAACUUCCGAUGUGCAAUCUACGAAAAGUGGAAUCAAGGUACCUUAUAUUAAUAAUAUCCAUCAACUUGAUGUUACUAAUAAAUUCGUAGUAAUUUCUCGUGGAUGUGGUAUAGUUGAUCUUAUUAAUCUAGAGACAAAUGAAACAAAAUGUUUGGUCCGUUUGACUAAUUUCAUAACUGCGAUGAAGAUAAAUGAAAGGAAAAAUACUGUGAUCGUGGUAACAGCUGAUAAUAAAAUUUAUGAAUUCAACUUAAUACAAAAUGCCGAAGAAACAAAUGCCGAAGAAGAAUCAUCAUCAUCAUCAUCAUCAUCCUUAUUGACUGAAUGGUCUAAGCAUAACACAGAAAACCUACCAAAACAAUUUACAAACGCCAAAGAAAAAUGUCAAGGUGUUGUCUUUAGUAACAUCAAUGAAAACAUAGCAUGGUUCUGGGGUGCUAACUGGGUCUCAAGAUUCGAUACGUCUGUAGACCUAUCUGUCAACAAUAAAAGAAAACAGAAAAAACGUACUCGUGAUAACCUUACAAUUACUGAUGAAAGUAACUUUAUGAGUUAUGAGGAUGAGGAUGACGAAGAUAUUGAUUUAGACCUCGAUGAAACUAUGGACGCUCUAGAUACAUCGAACAAUAGAUUAAAAUCUCUGGGGAACAAUAAGGGUGCCAUGGAUCGUAAAGUGUUUUUCUUCACUGAUAAGUACAGACCAAUCCUAUAUUUUGACUUCAUCUCUGAUAAUGAGUUAGUUGUUGUUGAAAGACCACCAUCUAUGAUUGACGGUCAAAGAAAAGCAUUCCAUCUACCAAAAAUUGUUUUCUAA